AUGUCUUAUACUCCUCUUGCCAACCCUCCUGGUUACGAAGACGAGGUCCGCACCGGUCCCUCCGCUGACCCCUUGGACGAUGACUUCAAGUACUCAGUGAACGUGGCCGGGUGUGACUUGAGUGUCCGCCAAAUGUUCAUCCGUAAAGUGUACGCUUUGCUUACCGUGCAAAUUUUGUUGACUGUUGCCGUAGGGUGGGGUAUCAGAGCAAACCCGGAUCUCCAGAAAUGGUGUAUGAACAACAUGUGGUUGUACAUUGUCAGCAUUGUGGGGACUUUUGGGUUUUUGAUUGCUACUGCGUUCAAGGCUAAGCAGUACCCGCUUAAUUUAUUUUUGUUGACCGGCUUCACCAUUUGUGAGCUGUAUGGAAUUGGUCUCAUGUGUCUGUUUGUGGAGCUGGACGUGGUGGUGAAGGCGUUGUUGCUUACCCUCGUCAUAUUUGUUGGACUCACUCUCUUCGCAUUCCAGCUGACGUAUGACUUUACUCAGUGGCAAGGCGUUUUGGGGAUGCUGUUGUGGGCUCUCUUAGGGUUUGGCCUCGUGAUGAUGUUCUUCCCCGGCCAGCUGCUGACAGUGGAGAUGGUGUAUGCUGGCCUCGGCGCAUUGAUCUUUGCUGUCUACGUCAUUGUCGAUACCCAGCUGAUCAUGAAGAAGGUCCACUUGGACGAUGAGAUCAUGUCGGCAAUGCAAUUGUACUUGGACGUGGUCAACUUGUUCUUGUUCAUUCUCCGCAUCUUGCAGAACCAGAACGACAACUGA